AUAGGGAUAGGCGCUAAGGGCUCAGGCACAGAUGAGUAGUGGUUAGAAGCCAGUGGUGCACCUGGAGUAUUUACAAGCUCCCUUUGCUGCCUGUGGAUUAACUGCUGCUGCUGGGAGCACUGUGAGAGCUUUAUGGCGGGAUCCUGCGAGAUCAGCAACAUCUUCUCUAACUACAUCAGCGCCAUGUACCAGCCGGAGGAGGCUCAGCCCCCCAUGGAACUGCUGGCCCACCUGGGGAAGGAGGACAACCUCGCGCUGCCUGCGGAGACCACAGCAGAGAAGCCGGCGUGGUUCGGCGAGCUCCCAUACUUCUGGAGCAAGGCGCAGGUGCUGGAGUGGAUCGGCUACCAUGUAGAGAAGAACAAGUACGACGCCAGCGCCAUCAACUUCUCCUGCUGCAACAUGGACGGCUACACGCUCUGCCACUGCACGCAGGAGCAGCUGCGGCUCAUUUUCGGGCCGCUUGGGGACGAGCUCUACACCCGCCUCCAUGAGAUCGUCUCUGUCUCGGAUGAGCUGACCUGGAUCAUUGACCUGCUAGAGAAAGAGGACAUGUCUUCCCAAGAGAUCUUCCAGGACUCCGAGCUGGGAAACUUGUGCACGAAGGAAUCCCUGGAAGAGAUGAAAUCCACAAACCCUUUCUACCAGGCAGACUUCAGCUACAUUUCCGGUGCCCUGUCUCCAGGCAGCUCUGACAUCUCUGUCUCAGGGACCGGGAUGUCCCACAGCCCCAACUCCCAAGACUCCGGUGGAAGUGACAUAGAUCCCGACCCGACAGAAGUGAAGUUGUUCUCCUCUGACGAUGGCUUUGCUGACUAUGACAAAGAGGACGUCAAGCAUGGGAAGCGGAAAAGAGGCAGGCCCCGGAAAUUCAGCAAGGAGAACAGAGACUGCCUGGAGACCAAGAAGAGCAAGCACUCCCCGAGAGGGACUCACCUGUGGGAGUUUAUCCGGGACAUCCUGCUCCACCCCGAGCUGAACGAGGGGCUGAUGAAGUGGGAGGACCGACGUGAGGGCGUCUUCAAGUUCCUCCGCUCCGAGGCGGUGGCUCAGCUCUGGGGGCAGAAGAAGAAGAACAGCAGCAUGACCUACGAGAAGCUGAGCCGGGCCAUGAGGUACUACUACAAGCGGGAAAUCCUGGAGCGGGUCGACGGGAGGCGGCUGGUCUACAAGUUUGGGAAGAACUCCAGCGGCUGGAAGGAGGAGGAAGUAUUGAACCGAAAGUAAGGAGCCAGGGGAGCCCUACGAGGACUCGGGCUCUGCCUGUCUGGCCCAGGGGUGAGACCCAAGGCAUAAUGCACUGAACCAUGUUCCCUAGACAAGAGUUUUUGUCACACGUUGGAACCCAAAGCUGCUGGCCUGGGCAGUGUGUUAGCCUCCAGCCCCUUCCUAGGGGCACAAGUGUAUGUGCUGGUUACCCGCUGGCACCUAGCUAACUACAGCUGAUAUUUUGGCUCAAGUAGGUUAUUGUAAACCAUUAUUUCUGUUGUUGCAUUGCUGGACUCUUCUUUCCAAGUGGAAUUACAGUGACUCUGGCUGUCCCCAAAGCCUGGAAGAGUGGAAGGGACAUGCUCCGUUCUUCAUGAUCGAAUUUGGGGGACUUCAAACAUGCGAGCAGAGCAGGGGGCCCUGGCUACUGCUGCAGUCAGCCGUGGUCCAGGAAGUGGGAUGCACCGGUGUGCCAGCUACAGGGGCACUGGCCGCCCUGUGCGAUAGAUGGAAUGAAGAGAAUGGGCACUGAAUGCUGUGUCUUUGCCAAGCAUGCCCUCUCCGCACUGCCUGCUGUGGGGCUGCUGCCAGCCACGCGGGCUGUGCUCUGGCAUGAGUAGCCUGCUGCUCUGUGAAUGGCCCAAGCAGAGAAUUUCAAGCAGCACUGGCCCAAGGGGAGUCGGAGAGAACUGUGAAUUUCAGACGGCUCCGGAGGGACCGUGACAGUAGCCGGGGCAUCAGGCAGAGCCUCCCUCCUUGUUCCUGGGGUGUUCGCCUCCGUGCCCCCCAAAUCCCAUCCCCUCAGUGUGAUAACAUCCCCUUUCCCCAUGAGACGCUCUCCUCCUGCUUCUAAUUUAUGUAACAUAAACAGAGGGUAUAUAAUGUUUAUAGAGAUCUAUUUUUUCAUAAAUAAGCUUGUUCUUGCGUGAUUGUGACUGUCCUGGAAGCACUUGGCCUCUUCGAACCAAUGACGGUUCUCAAUAUUCAGCUGGACUGAAAUAAGGUUCUUCUGGCCUUUGAAGGUCUCUGUACAGAGCGCGGCAUUAGCAUGUCCCGGCACUGAGGGGUCUGGCAGACGCACGAGGUCUUUUCCUGUUUUGAUAAUGAGUAUAUCAGAAAUAAAUUGUUGCCUUUUUUACAAA